AUGAAGAUUUUCCUCGAAAUUAACUCUGUCGAUGACUGUCACAAACUCCAGGAUGAUUUAAAUAGUUUCUCCGCAUGGGCUGAAUCUCUCGGUCUCACAUUAAAUAUUGGAAAGUUCCGGUCAAUGACAUUCACAAGAAGUCGCUCUCCUAUUACUCAUCUUUACUCAUUGAAUGGCUCUAAUUUGAUUCCAGCUGACUCUAGCAUCUGUGAUCUCGGUUUUACUUUUACUCCCUCUCUUUGUCCUAGAGCUCACAUAGACAGAGUUACAUGCAAAGCCCUUAAGAUAUUGGGUUUCGUCAAAAGAAUAUCUAGUGACUUUAAGCUCUCCUCUUCCCUUAAAGCAAUAUAUUGUGCACUUGUACGUCCAAUCGUAGAAUACGGCUCAGUUGUAUGGGAUCCCCAGACAAGUGAUGCUUGUCUUCAACUAGAACGAGUUCAGCGGAAAUUUUUAUGUUACAUGAAACAUUCUCUUAACGUUUACCCAGAAAAAAAUUUACCUGGGGGUGCAAACUUCACCGUAGCCCAUCACAUUAAUCCAUAA